AUGAGUUCCUUCCGAGUCGCUCGAACGGCGCUGCGGCUGCGCCCGUCGGCCUUCCGCCCGAUGGUCCAGCGAAGGACCUAUGCGGAUGUUGCGUCGGACAAGAUCCAACUCUCUCUGGCAUUGCCGCAUCAGUCCAUUUACAAAUCCACCGAUGUUGUGCAAGUGAACUUGCCGGCUGAGACUGGAGAGAUGGGUAUCCUCGCAAGCCACGUUCCUUCAAUUGAGCAACUGAAGCCUGGCCUUGUCGAAGUCAUCGAGGAACAAGGUGGCAGCAAGCAGUUCUUCGUCUCCGGUGGAUUUGCUGUCGUUCAACCCGGCUCGCUGUUGAGCAUCAAUGCUGUCGAAGGGUUCCCCCUCGAGGAUUUCAGUGUCGAGGCUGUGAGGAACCAGAUCGCCGAGUCACAGAAGGUUGCCGGCGGCAGUGGAAGCGAGCAGGAUAUCGCGGAGGCCAAAAUCGAACUUGAGGUCUUGGAGAGCCUUCAAGCUGCGCUCAAGUAAUCUGUAUAUAGAUUUCAUCCCCCUGUUGUUUUUGAACUAGCAACUGUAC